AUGGGAUCACAGGCGAAGUCGACUCAAUCUCCCUUUCACGAAGAUGUUGAAAUCCAAGAUUCUGAUGUGAUUGGAGAAAUGAGGAUUGAAGAACAUACCAUUGGAGAUUAUGAUUGCCCAGAUAUUAUCUUAUCGGAGAAAGAAGAAGAAAGAAUUGCUGAGCCUUGGAGGAAAGGAGUGGUGGUCAAGAUGCUAGGGAAACGGAUUGGCUUCAAAGCUUUUGAGAAUCGUUUGAAUCAAUUAUGGGCGAAACAGGGAUCCAUUAGCAUUGUGGAUCUGGGCAAUGAUUUUUUCACUGUUUCAUUUGUCAACAAUGAGGACCAUUGCAGGGCAUUAUUGGAAGGACCUUGGAUGAUUUAUGACCAUUAUCUCUCUGUUAGGGAGUGGAAACCUAACUUCUGCCCAUCAAGUGACGCAAUCGAACAAAUUGCAGUGUGGGUCAGAAUCUCAGGACUCCCUCUUGAAUAUUAUGAUGCAAGAGUCUUGGCCUUCAUAGGUAACGGAAUAGGUUCAACGGUGAAAGUGGAUCGUAAUAAGCUGAAAAUCGAGAGAGGUAAAUAUGCUAGGCUAUGUGUGCAAGUUGAUCUUACAAAACCACUUCUAGCAAUGUUUUCAAUCAAAGGGAGGCAUUACAAAAUCGAAUACGAAGGACUUCACCUGCUCUGUUUGCGAUGCGGGCGUUUUGGUCAUGGCAAGGAUGAAUGUGGGAUAGCAACGCUCUUACAAGGCGAAAUGGUCAACGUUCUGUCAAGAGGUGACAGAGAGGAGUCCAGUAAGGCAAAUAUGAGUAAGGAAGAGGGGCCGUGGGUGGUGGUCCAGAAAAUGCGACGAGCAAGGAAAACAAAGCUACAAGACGACAGAGACUCAGGCAGAAACACCAUGGUGGCGCCUAUCGGAAACUUACCGGCGACUCUAAAUGGCAUUAAAGGAGGAGAGGGAUCCACGGGAUCUAGAUUUAAUGUCCUUAAUGGCAAUGCUCCAACUAUGGAAAUUUUAGAUGAUCUAAAUAAGGAAGAUGAAAUUAGAGAGGAAACAGAGAUUAAUGAAGGAAGAAAAAACGACACUCUAGCGGGAAAUUCAAAGGAGAGAUUGUCAAUGGGGCCACGCAAUAAAAACAAAGAGAAAAAAGCGAGAUCUACAAGAGUGGUCAUACAGGCAACACGUGGCAUCACAAAGGAAGGCAAAAGAGGAGGAAUUUUUGGUAAAAACAAUAAUGCAUAUGAAAAACUCAUCGAGAACGAAGGAGUUGCAGAAGUAGUAGCAGGCUUAACCCUAGAAGACCACCCAAGAACUAAGGGUUCCCUUCAAUCCAAUGGGCCUUUUAAUGGGCCUUUUCAAAUUAUGAAGCCUACUGGGCCCGAGAAACAACUUAAACAGAAACCUCCAGAAGAGAUACGUGAUUUUCUCUCACCGAGUCAUGAGGUGAUCUCCCCAAAGGAACCACCUGACACGAACGUGGCUGAAAGGGAAGAUAGCGUUGGCGUCGAAAAUGAAGAAGAGGGGUGCUCUGAGAAAGAGAGCUCUGAUAUGGAGGUGGUGGAAGAAACGCCAGCACCAGAGGUUAGUGGCGACGGUUUCACCCUCUAA